AUGACACGUGUGUGAAUAUUGGGUUCCGAAAUGAGUUUCUAGGUUUCACACGGAAGGGGAGAAGUGGCAGCACAUCCACAGGGACCUUACCGCACCCGAAAGAACACGCGCACAGAACAGAGGUUCUAUAAAAUCCCAAAGGUGUAUGCUAUGCAAACAGUCACAGACCCAACAUCGUAAUCAUAUUCAUUCGUUGUUUCUGAGUUGAUCCCCGCCUCUCACCUCAACUCACUAUCGUUAUCCUCUGACCAAAACGCACCGUUUUCUCCACAUUCAUUCUCAGAUCACAAAACCCUAAAUUCCCCAUUCCUCCAUUCCCGAUCUUACUCCUCACUGCGCCAAUCCCAACAACCCUUUUAGAUUGCAAAUGGUGGGCGGAGGGAACAGGAGGGAGGACGUCCCCGUCAUAAACAGCACCAACGUUUUUGCUGCGCUCGGCAGCUUGAAGAAGAAGAAGAAGAAGCCCGAAAAGGACCAGGGCUCCUCCGAGCCCAAAGCCCAAGAGCCCCACCAAAAGGAGCUCUUCUGGGCCCCCGCACCUCUUACCGCUAAGUCCUGGGCCGAUGUCGACGACGAAGACGAUGACGACUAUUACGCCACCACCGCUCCUCCUGAAUCAGGUUGGGCUGCACCGCCUACUUCACACACCCUCACUCAAAACGAUGCCGUUCCCGAGGAAAGUGAGAGUGAGUUAGAAGGUCUUGAUGAUGCCGAAGACGAUGCUGAAGAUGAACAUGAAAAUGAACUAGAAGUACCAGUAGAAGCUGAGCCUGUUCUUGAAAAGCCCCUGGAGCCAUCACCAAUUACCAAAGAAACUGAAAGGCAGCUUUCAAAAAAGGAACUAAAGAAAAAGGGACUAGAAGAACUUGAAGCUGUUUUAGCUGAGCUAGGAUAUACCCCAAGAGAAACCAGUGAUGAUUCCCAUGGUGCGGAAAAAAAAGAUGAUCAUGAUGGUGAGGUGGAAAAGAAGGAUAGCAUUGCUGGGGAAAGCAAAAAUGCUAAGAAAAAGAAGAAGAAGGAUAAAUCUUCGAAGGAGCAGAAAGAAUUACAAGAUCAACCUGAUGGUGUGGAUGUUGUCAAUACAAUUUCUGAAACUCCUGCAACAGAGAAGGCUGAAGAUGCUUCCGCAGUUGAUGUUAAAGAACGGCUGAAGAAAGUUGCUUCAAUGAAAAAGAAAAAAUCAAGCAAAGAGAUGGAUGCUGCUGCCCGCGCUGCAGCUACUGAGGCUGCUGCAAGGAAUGCGAGACUUGCGGCAGCCAAGAAAAAAGAGAAGGCCCAUUACAAUCAGCAGCCAGUGCGGUAAACAUGUGGUCAUAGUAUUUGUAUCUUUUAUGUUUAAUUCUUCUUUUUUUCCUUUUCCUUUGCUAUCUAUCAUAUAUGAACCCAUCUAUCGUAUAUGAGAAUAGGCUCUUUGUUCAUUUGCAAAUGCAAAAUAAACAUUGGAGCGGCUUUAGAUAAUUUGGACUUUGAGUAAGUUUUGUUUAAUUUUACUUGAUCAGAAAUACAAGUACUUAUGUGUUUACGUAUGUUUGCGCCUGAAGAUGAGAAUAUCUAUUGUUCAAAUGUACACAGUAUCACUUGCACAGUUAUUUGAUCUAAAUAUUCAUUAAUUUUUUUUUUAUAAAAUUUUAUUAAGAAUUAUAUUGUUUAAGU